CUUCAUUUCUUCUUCAUCUCUGUUUCUUACUUACCUCCAUACAGAACCAUAUUCUCAAUUUCCAUGGAGACCAAAAUCAUUGGCGAUAACAACUCGUUGAGUGUACCCGAAAAUUAUAACCUGUUUAUCUCCUUGAUCAACGAAUAUGUGGCUGAGAAAAUGCGAGAUGAGCAAAGAAUUGUUAUCUUGAAGAGGAGAAUUGAAGAUCUGCGAUCUCAGCUUGAAGCCACCAAUGUGGAAAUCGAAAAUGCCAAGCGCGCCAGAGAAACCACUCAACAGGAACUUAAAGGAUGUGAGGUUGAAUUGUCUAUGAAUAAAGCUUCAGUUCAGACUCUCGAGAUAAGGAUUUCUGUACUACAAAGUGAAAUUGCAACUACUGCGUCUGAGUUGGAGUCUCUUAAGUGUGAAGAAAAUUUCUCAAGCGACCAGAUUAUCAAUCAUUUGUUUGCCCUUAACAAAAAGAUCAGGAAAUUUCAAGAAGAACUGUACAUGAAAAAUGUGGGGUUUCUUAAAAAUGCUACAGAAGAAUCCCAUCAACCUGAGGAAGAUAAUAACAAAAAUUCUUCUCUAUCUGUCGAGGAAAGGCUUAUCAGAGUAAUAACAGAAAUAACCCAUGGAGAGGAAGAUUGCAUGACAGAAGAACAAAUUUUACGUGAGGAUCGGGAAACAAAGAUUUAUCUAGAGCAAAGGAGGGCUGCAAUGUUGAUGAUGGUGAAAGGGCAAACAGAAUUGGAAGCUGCCGUUAAGCUGAAUUCUGGAUUUGAACUGACAUAUGAUCAUAUCAGUGAAGAACUGCUGAAAAGUUGCAUUUGCCCCCAAUGUUUCAAAGACAAUACGGAUGCCUUGGACAACAUUCCUCAGUAAUGCCUCACAUAUUUUCGGAAGAUUCCAUGUCGUCCUUCCAAGGUUUUCUUGCCAACGAGUAUUUGCACUUUUGAGAGUUCUCGUGUAGUGUGUUUGGUAUAUAGUAGUUAGGAUGAGCAAGGAGAAAAAAAAGAGACAGUAGGUUUUCUUUCUUUUCAUUAGUAGUUUCUAUGCUUUCUUGUUUCAUGGUGUAUUGGAUUUCAGCAACUUGAAUUUUAUAUGAUUGAUCAUCAUAUGAAUUGCUGAAAUUUUAUGUGAUUGAUCAUUAUAAAAUUCAUAUUUUCGUAUUAAUAAAUAAAUAAAUAAAUUUGAAUUCCAAA